AUGUUCGUCAUGUUCUCUCUUUUGACCACACUGGGCUUGCGUGAUGCUCCUGGCGAACAACCACCCCCUAACCACGCUGCACUCCUCCUAUUGGCUAAUUGGGCGAUCGCAUAUCUCUGGAUGAGUACUCGAAUUCCCAAAAUUCUUUUGGGAAUCGAUAACAAUGUUGCGCCGAGAGAGGAUUUGACCAAGUACGGCGAGGAAGCCGUGAAACUAGGCAAAAUCAGCCGAUAUACCCUGAACAAACUUAAACGCGAGGAAGCCGCACAUGCAAAUGCAAUGGAGGGGUAUACUCUAUUUGUAGCAACAAGUAUGUAUUUCCUUCCAGCUUGGGCGAUCCGCCCUGAAUCGAUCCAGACUUAUUUCCAGAGCGUGCUAAUAGAAAUAGCCUUGAUCGCAGUGUUUGCAGGAGUUCCCAAUAGGGAUAUCAAUAUGUUCGGUGUUUGGUAUACGCUUUCGAGGAUAGCAUUCAGUUUGUGCUAUUCAUAUAUCGAGACGCCUGCUCUGAGUUACAUGCGAUCCCUGGCCUGGUGGUCCGGCAACAUAAGCUGUAUCCACGGACUUCUCAUGGCCGCCAAACGACUGCAAUAA